GCCGUACUGCCAGCAUCAACGAUUGUGGCGGUGGAGGACUAGAGACAAAAUGUGGGCUUGGGCAGGAUGCAGAACCAGGAGCGACAGAGUUUAGCGAAAGGAGUCCUCUCUCUUCCAGUUGUUUGUGGACAAAGACGCUACCGGACAGCUGCAGAAUGGAGCCAAAAGCAACAGCUCUGAGAUCAGCAGGGGACGUGGAGGCUGACAUCCUGCACAGUGUCCAGGCCAUCAUCCGGGAAUUGGAUCAGGACAAGCCGACAUUCCAACGCAGUCAAGGAAUGUUCAGGUGGACGUUACAUAAGAAGAUUGAACGGGAUCCAUACAACAGUAUGAUAUUGGCUCGAAUUCUUAUUGAUGAGCUCGAACAGGCUAUGAGAGAGAACAAACCCUACCUCAUCCCUCUCCUCAACACUCUGCUCUACACCAUCAUUCAGGCCGUGUAUAUCCCUGACGACCUUUAUGAAAAAGCGUACAAAUUCUGCAAGGAGUUACUGAGUUGGGCAAGACCCUACUGCACCAUUGGGUAUGAAUAUGCAGUUAUGUUGCAUGCAGAGAGAAAGGCUCCAGGUGCCUUACACCAAAAACUUGUUGUUUCUGAGCACUGCCUGAAAAAUGAGUCAUUUUCUCACGGGGAGAAGGUUUUUGUAUUUGCUGAUCCUGACCUGGUCUCCAAGGAGGUGUGUGAUGCACUCCGCACUGAAGUUCACUCAGCGACGGCCAGUCAGCCCUCCGCUGUAUACAAGAUGCACGUGAUCCAGCACUGUCUGCAGGCAGCUCUGGGCGAGAGCUGUGAUCUCGAACUACUCCUGGAGGCUCUUCAGAGCAAACCCCACUGUGUGAUCGAACGCUAUUUCCAGGAAGUGGUAGGUGUCAUGUACCAUUCAUGUUCUUCAAAGAAGGAAGUGCCGGCCACCCGCAGCAAACACAGUAGUCGAUUGCAUCAGCUUUACACCAACAUCCUGGGGUCCACACACCAAGUGACUCCCUUGAAGGGAAGACUCCGGAACAUUCCAUUGCCGAACCCAGAUGUUCGUCUUGUGAUGUGGAGAGAGGAUGAUGCCCUUUGGCAGGAACUGGAAGAAUUUGUUACAGGUCGGUUAUGCAGUGAGGAGUCUUCUAUGAACAGUGACAUGGACAAUGCUGAGAUGAACGAGCACGUAAACUGGAGCAACAAUGAACAGACACGACUAUCUGUUCUGUCAACAGACAGUGGUAUAGUGCGAGAUUGCGGAGAUGCAUUUGCAGCACAGGAUACAGAGUCUCCACAGGACUCAAUGCUGGCACACAGUCCACAUCCGGAGACCUGUGAGGUGGAACGGCCCAAGUUGUCCAGAAGGCACGGGAUGAAGAUAAAACACACGGGUUCAGAUAAACAGACUCCGCUUUUGGAUUUUAUUGAUGGUGCUUCAAGUCUGCAGCGGAGAUCGGGGCGUAACGCAUUGCUCUUCAAUUUGAAAGUCCAGCGAGCUUUCACUGCACGGGUCGUGAUGAUUGGGAAUGAUUGUAUACUGGGCCGAUUAGCAAAGGCAUUUCACUCCCUAAGGAAACGGGAAGUUCAACGACUGUUUCUAACCUCAAAAUUGGACGUGGAGUUUUACUAUGUUCCUGUUCUCAACACAAAAUGGGCUUCAGCCUCUCUCAGCAAGGUCUGCCCAUCGCUCAAUGGUGAUCACUCUUGUGAGCUGUCUCGGUAUCUGGGAAUUAUAGAUCCAUGGUAUCACAGCAACAUCCAUAGCCUACAGACCAUGGUGCCUGAACUCGCCACAAUGUCUGCCUCUUGCCGCCAGCCGUCCCGCUCUGAUCCCUUUAUUGUUGAUGUUAUAACAUAUUAUGUGCGAAUGGGACAUCAGCCAGUCUGUUUCCAGAUCUACAGUGUGAAGCUUGUGUUUGCACAGGAAAUGACUGUAUUUGUGGAGGAUGUUUUCCUAAUUCAGCUUCAGUAGAUCUUCCAGACCUGAAGGGUCACCAAGAGAACACUAUGGCGAGAAAGCGGACGAGUACAGAAACCUGUGGGGUGCAACUUUCAGUUUGCU